UUACCAGCGUUAGUUGUUUGCAGUAACUUUGUUGUUGUUUUAAUAUCGCCAACAGACAUGGCUGUUUCACCAUUAAGGAUUCCAGCUUUAAUAAAUAUAGAGAUGUUGAUUUAUAAAUGUGAUGUUUUUAUUUGUUUGUUUUUUUCUUUAGAUGCCCGGCCCCAUAGGGUUCAACGGCCCCUCUGUUGGCACAUAUGAUGCCUUUAACAACUUCCAGCCUCCAAUGAGAGGAGGGCACCCCCCUGAGCUGCCCAGCUGCCCCCCUACCUACGAGUCUAUUGAUGAGCUGUCUAUUAAACCUUCUGAUCGAUCCCAGGUGUCUGGCCCCGGGCCUUCAUCCCAGAUCUACAAUAACAACGCCCUCCCUGAGCUGCCCUCAGUUUCCGACACGCUUCCCACUUCCUCCUUUGGAGUUGGACGAAACACUGCGAGCUCUGAUGACAUCGACUUUGAUGACCUGUCACGGCGCUUUGAGGAUCUGAAGAAGAAGACCUAAUCCUCCAGUAUCCCAUCAUGCAGUGUUGUCAAUCACCGCAGUUACAGGGUCAGGAAAUGUUUAAAUAUUUGGAUUGGCACCCUUUGCAGUGAAACUCUCCUCACUGUGUAGUUUUACUGAUGUAAACAUGGACUGUACCUCAUUCAAACACACGUGUCUGUCUGGCACACUAAAGGUGAAGGCCCUUUAGAUCGCUAUUUGACAGUACAUUUUAUUAUCGACUACGUCCAAUCAAAACUGGACCGUAUAGAUGUCAUCUUUAUAUGAGCACUUUGGAUAAAAAAUGGCCUUCCUGAUAGUAACUAGUUCUCUAUGUAACCUCUCAAUCUUUCUCGUUGUUAUGGUUGUCACCUAUCCCCUUGAGUCACAGUAUGAGACAAUAUUUGGUUAAUAAUCAAAUAGUCUUAACUAAUAGUGUCUCUCGUCCAGAGACUGGAUUGAGUAAUCCAGAAUGUCAAUAGUGUGUCGUUGGUGCGUUUCUUGAAAUUGUGUUUUACCUGCCACUGAAUCGCACCUGUUUUCUGGCAAACCCAUUGUCGAAAUUUCCAGGCCUAGGACAUUUUCAAGGUCGUAGCACCCUGUCAAAUCAAAUCAAAUUGUAUUUGUCACAUACACAUGGUUAGCAGAUGUUAAAUGCGAGUGUAGCGAAAUGCUUGUGCUUCUAGUUCCGACAAUGCAGUGAUGUCUAUGUCAGGUUGAAGCAGUGCUACUGUAAAUCAAAUGAACUCAGUUGAUAGUGCAGUGUAGAUACUAGUACUGUCACUAGCGGGUAGAUUACUAUAUGAACAGUGACUGAUAUGAAUGCCUCAAUGGAUGAGGCAGGUAAAGGGUUACACACAGGAGACAGAAACGAGUCUCCUAUGCCU